GUUUUGCUGACGAAUUUUGCAGAAAAAACGCGUAAAUAUACAGAAAAGUGCGAUUUCCUCUAUUUGCCACGAUGGCGCAGAAUAGAAACGACUUGUUGGCAGUGUUGGCGGUGGUAAAAAAGUACAAUUUAAAGGGUACCGAGGAUCUGCUCAAAAAGGAAGCCGGUCUCAUCGAUAUUCCGGAAAAUGUGGCCGGCGAAGCGGAAGUGAACAGUGUACUAGCGGCCUACAAAAGCGAGGGAGAUCCGGACAUUUACGAGCAUUCCUACAUGGAGCUGCGCAAGUUCGUGGAGGAAUCGCUCGAUAUCUACAAGCACGAGCUGGCGUUGAUACUGUAUCCGGUCCUGGUGCACAUGUACAUCGAGCUUGUGUAUAAUAGUCACGAGGAGCAGGCAAAGAAGUUGAUCACAAAGUUUGGCCCCGAGCAGGAGUACUAUUACCAGGACGAACUGGCCCGACUUUCGAUGGUGACCAAGCGGGACCAGAUGAGCGGUAACGAUAUCACGGACACUUUCAAAUCGAAUGCUUUCACGAUUCGGAUAUCCCGUGACACGCUUUCGUUGUUGAAGAGACAUUUGCACGAGAAAAAAGCAUCGGUAAUACUGAACAUUGUCAACGAGCAUAUGUACUUUGAUUUGUAUGAAGGUGUUGCGCGAAACAAGUCCCAAUGCGAUGCGACGAGCGGUGCAAUGACGGGAGAGGCUAAACGACAAGAUAAUAAAAUUAAAGUGUAUUAUGGACUUCUGAAGGAACCCGACGUGCAAACGCUACAGCCAGCCGCUCCUCCGGAAGAGGAUGACGACAUGGACCCGGACGCACCGGAUAAACCGAAGAAGAAAAAACCGAAAAAGGACCCACUGUACUCGAAGAAGCCCAAGUCUGAUCCGAACGCACCCCCGCUGGAUCGUAUUCCGCUGCCAAAAUUGAAAGAUGUCGACAAAAUGGAGAAAGUAAAGGCUCUACGAGAAGCUUCUAAGAGGGUUAACCUCGGACCAGACUCGCUGCCUUCCAUUUGCAUGUACACCCUGUUGAAUGCCAACUAUACGGUGACAUGUGCGGAUUUGUGUGAAGAUUCCAGCCUCAUAGCGGUAGGCUUUUCCGACUCGUCCAUCAGGGUGUGGUCGAUGACACCGAUAAAGCUUCGGGAGAUGAAGAGCGCAGAGCAGUUGAAGGAAAUCGAUCGCGAUGCCGAGGACGUUCUGAUCCGGAUGUUGGACGACCGAAAGGCGGAGCUUUGCCGUACGCUGUGUGGCCACAGUGGUCCGAUCUACCGGACAUCGUUCGCCCCGGAUCGAACGAUGAUGCUCUCUUGCUCGGAGGACUGUACCAUACGGCUCUGGUCGCUGCACACCUGGACGUGCGUCGUCGUGUACAAAGGCCACCAAUUUCCCGUGUGGGACGUACGAUUCUCGCCCCAUGGGCAUUACUUUGUGAGCUGCUCGCACGACAAAACCGCACGCCUUUGGGCUACCGAUUCCCAUCAGCCGCUGCGCAUUUUCGCCGGCCAUCUCGCGGACGUGGACGUGUGCAUCUUCCACCCGAACAGCAACUACGUCGCGACGGGUUCGAGCGACCGUUCCGUGCGUCUGUGGGACGUGUGCGUCGGAAACCACCAUCGGUUGCUGACCGGCCACAAAGCGCCAAUCUAUUCGCUAGCAUUUUCCAUGUGCGGUCGCUAUUUGGCCUCCGGUUCGGCGGACAAACGUGUCCUGAUUUGGGAUCUCGCUCACGGGCAUCUUAUCGCGGCCCUGACCGGACACGGCGCUACGGUACAUUCGAUGUGCUUCAGCCGGGACGGCACGAUCUUGGCGACCGGCGGGCUGGACUGCGCCCUUAAGCUGUGGGACUUUACAAAGCUCGUGGACGACAUCAGCGGGGAGAAUGUGAACGUUUCGCACAAUCCGGACGUGCGUGACGGUGAACCGUACCUACUGCGCACGUUCCCCACGAAGCAGUCGCCAUUUUUGACGCUACAUUUUACGCGCCGCAAUUUGUUGCUCGGGGUGGGUAUGUACGAGCUGGGUGUGUAGGCGCAAUGGCUUGCGAUCACAAUCGGCCAACAGACGUACAGAUCCCAAAUACAUCUUCUAAGAUUAAUAAUAAAAAUUCUGUAUUUGGUAA